UCCAGUCGUGACGAGGGGGCUCAGCCCGACCCUUCAGCCGUUCAGACCCCACCACAGACGCUUGCUCAUUUCGUGCGCGUUACCCUCUCCCAUCUCUCAACCCGCUGAGCCCUGUCGAAAAGAGUGUUGACAUGAAACAUUAACUCUGUUUCCAUUCACUCACUGACUGGAUAACCUUGCUUUAAUCUGCCAUGGCUGUUGCCCGUGAGGAACACACCCUCCCCCACCCUCCCUGAAGUUUAACGUGCCCUUUGUCUCUUCAGUCUUCAACACAAAGUAGUGAUUUCUCCCGCAGUUGUGGCCUGACUUGCUGAGUAUUCCUUACAUUUUCGGUUUUAUGUUAACUCUGUACUUUUCUAAACGAUCACCUGACUAGCUGACAAGUCUGGAGAUUUCCGUUUCAAUUUCAAGCCCUGCCUUCGGCGGCACAAGCGAGUUACCGCGUUCAGAAACGGGAAGCGGGACGGACGUCUUCAGGGUUGGUUUUCAAAUCACACACGCCUGCUUUGAUCUUGUGCGGUCCGGAACGGAAAGAUGACCAUUUCCAACCCAUGGUACAGGCUUGCUUCGCUCAUUGCUGCCUGCUUGGUGUCAUCAGUGACCUCUGACAUUUCCUGCCAUGACGACAAUGGGCAGCCAGUGGAUUGGUUUAUACUGUACAAGUUGCCAAAAUGCGUUAAAGGCCAUGGCCUACUCUACAUGUACAUGGACCACAGGACUUCUGGCUGGAGAUCUGGGAAAUACUCAAUAAAUGACACACGUGGAGCGGUGGGGGCAACUUUGCAGCGACUCUAUGGAAGAUCUGCAGCUCGGCGUGAUGACGUGGCAUACGUGCUCUACAAUGACCAGAGCAGCGUCGACUCAAAUUCGCGUGGAGGCCACACUAAAGGGGUUGUACUUCUGGAUCAGAAACAAGGCUUCUGGUUAGUUCACAGUACCCCACACUUCCCCCCGAAAUCUACAGAAAGCUACGAGUGGCCUCACAGCGGCUGGAAAAAUGGUCAAUCCUUCCUCUGUGUCACAUACCCCUAUUCUCAGUUCCAGGAAAUUGGCACUCAGUUGCUAUACAACAACCCUCAUGUCUAUGAUUACUUGGUCCCACCCUCCUUUGCUAAAGAUCUACCGGACCUCCAGAGAGCAGCAAGAGGCAAGCACAAGAAAAGCCCUCCAUGGAAGCGAAAGAUUGCCCUUUCAUCAGCAGCAGGGAAACAAUUCAUCAGCUUUGCAAAGUACAGUAACUUCGGAGCAGAUUUGUAUUCUGGCUGGGUGGCCAGCGACCUCAAGAGUGACCUGCUGGCCCAGACGUGGCUGAAUUCUCCACAUGCCCUUCCCUCCAACUGCACAGCGGAGUACGCAGUGUACAACGUGGAGAGAAUUAAAUUCCCCUCCAGCAUCAAUUUUACCACCCAUGUGGAUCACUCGAAGUGGUGUGUGACAACAGGAGAAGGAGGUAAAAAGUGGACCUGCAUUGGGGAUAUCAACCGAGACCAGGCCCAGGAGGAAAGGGGAGGCGGAACCGUCUGCAACGAUGAUCCAGUUGUCUGGGAUGCCUUCUCAAACCUUGUUGCAGAGUUGCAGUCCUGCGAGUGUACAUGCAGUGGGAAGGUCAAAACCAGGGAUUGAAUGGUAGUGUGUGGGUCAAUGUACAGCCAUCCGCAACCCUUUUUGUUUUUGCUUUUGUGUCAGUGUGUAGCAAGCUGUGAGGACUUUUACACCCACAGAGACAACCCUGACCCCAGCCAGUAUAUUGGGAUCCUGACCUGCAAAAGCUUCAGAUCAGAUCCAGCCUUAACCAGAAUCUGAUGGACGGCAAGAACAAGAUUUUCACUCAGAUCUCAAAAGAGUUAUUGAGGUCCUCAGCGAGUUGGAGAUGGAGUCUGCCACAGCGCCUUGGCCAAUACUUUCUCUCCAAUAACACCACCAAAACCAGACUAGGUACUCAAAAUCACAGGAGCUUGCUGUGAGCUGGUUGUUUGGUGUGUCUUACACUGCAACCAACUACGGUUUAAACAUACCCCAUCGGUUCAGAUUUCCGCAAUGUAAAAGAAUGUGAAGCGUAAGUCUUUCCUUUUCACUGCCUUUCAAUUCCCACUCAUGGUUCCUUUCUCCCUGGUCCAAACAAAAUUAGGCUUCAAUUUAGACAUAAAGACUGUGAGAAAGAUCCCAGAAAGAUCACAUUACUGCUGAAUUCUUGCUCAUUGUAUUGGUUUUCUCCAGGGACCACACGAGUAGAGAUGUCCCCAAGCAUAACGAUGUGAAGGCCAAAGGCAUUGAAUUUCAGUCCAUGUCUUCGAACCCUGAAACCCCUUUCCCAAGCAGCAGGCUUAAACUGUCAAACUGUUCACAGGCAUCGUAUUUAGUUCUGAGUUCGCCUUCCUAUCAAGUAUUUGCAUUACAUCUACAAUCCCCUCACUCUGCUCCUGCCUCAACUCACCUUUCUUGCAGCUUCCUUACCCUUUUCAUUUCUGCUAGACCUGAUCGUUCCAAUAUACUCCUAGCUAUUUGUCCUUGAUCUGCUCUCUGUGGACUACAGUCCAGCCAGAAAACUGACACCAGUGUCCUAACUAGCACUGAGUUCUCUUCAUCAGUCUCCUUCAUGCUUGCACUGGCUAACUGUUAAACUUCACUUUUCUUACUUUAUUUCCAUGGUUUCACUCUUCUUUUCGGAGCCUACUAGUCCUGAGUUCCUCUGUUCUGUUCCCCUUCUCAUCUCUGAAUCUGACUGAUCCAACAGAACUUGCUUAGACCUGAAGUCUGGAAUUCCUCUCCCUGAACCCCUCUUUGAGACAAUCCUUGGAAUCCACUUCUUCAUCUAAGCUUCUGAUCACCUGCUCUCAGAAUCCAUGUCACGCUUUGUUUGAUCAUGCUUCUGUGAAAGGUCAUGGGAAGCUCUCCCAAUGGUUAGGGUGUUAUUUGUUAAUUAUGUGCCAUGUCGUAUGACAUAGUCGAUCAUUGUCUUUCCAUGACCAGGGCUCUUCUUGGCAAAUUUUUCUGUGGUUUGUUAUUGCCAUCUUCUGGGCAGUGUCCUUACAUGACCGGUGACCCCAGCAAUUGUCAAUACUCUUCAGAGGUGGUCUGCCUGGCAUCAGUGGUCGCAUAACCAGGACUUGUGAUAUGCACCGGCUGCUCAUACGACCGUCCACCUCCUGCUCCCAUGGCCUCAUGAGACCCUGAUUGGGGUGGGUGGGGGAGGAGGCGAUGCAGGUGCUACACCUCGUCCCAGGGUGAUCUGCAGGCUAGCAGAGGGAAGGGGCACUUUACACCUCCUUUGUGGGGAUGUAUCUCCACCCUGCCACCCAAAAGAUAUUAUACCACUGUUGCUUAUGCUUACCACUGUCUGCAUCAGUAAAGCCAUCAGAACAUUAAAAUGAGUUUUAACAAGUUAAGAAGGAAAGGCCAACACUUUUCCUACAACAAAAACUGUGGAGCAAGCCAACACCGACUGCAACUCACCCCCUUGCCCCCUUCUCUUGAAGCAUAACUCACCUUUUGCUGCGUUGGUCGGUAGCUCCCAAUUAAACUGUUCACUGUGGCAGCUCCUUGUGGGGCUGCUGGAAGUUUUCACACCCUGUACUGAUGCUGCCCUUGAUGUUCCUGACUACAGUCUUUGUAUAUCCUUGUCUGAGUUAUCACUAAAUUAUAACUAUGUAACUCAAUAAAUUCUUGUCUUUUAACCCAA